ACAAGAUGGCUGCGCCCAGGCUGGGGCAGAUGCCCGGGCCCCAUUCGGGCCUUGGGCUGGUUCUAGUGCUGCCUCUGCUCUGGCAGCCCGGCGGAGCUGCGGGAGGAGGAGAGGCCGGAGCGGGCACGGGUGCGAGUGGGGGUGCUGCGACGCCCAUGGCGGGUUCCUGCGGCUGUGGCUCACCCCAAAGGCCUGGGGCUCAGGGUGGCUCUGCAGCCUCUCAUCUCUACUCCAGGGAAGCCAAUUCCCCGGACCCGGACUCGAACCCCAGCCCUGGAGAGCGGCUGCUCCACCUCGCCAAGAUGGUCCUCAUUCCUGCCGGCACCUUCACCAUGGGCACAGAUGACCCCCAGAUCCAGCAGGACGGGGAGGCCCCUGCCCGGAGAGUGGCCAUUGACGCUUUCUACCUGGAUGCCUAUGAAGUCAGUAACGCUGAGUUUGAGAAAUUCGUGAACGCCACGGGCUAUCUGACAGAGGCUGAGAGGUUUGGGGACUCGUUUGUCUUUGAAGGGAUGCUGAGCGAACAUGUCAAGGCCCACAUCCAGCAAGCAGUUGCAGCAGCUCCCUGGUGGUUACCCGUGAAAGGAGCCAGCUGGCGGCACCCCGAGGGGCCUGACUCAACACUGCUCCACAGGUCAAACCACCCCGUCCUCCAUGUAUCCUGGAACGACGCCGUGGCUUACUGCGCAUGGGCAGGCAAGAGGCUGCCCACAGAGGCCGAGUGGGAAUAUGGCUGUCGAGGGGGCCUGGAGCAGAGGCUCUUCCCAUGGGGUAAUAAAUUGCUGCCCAGGGGCCAGCACUAUGCCAACCUUUGGCAGGGCGACUUCCCAGUGACCAACAGCGGCGAGGAUGGCUUCCGAGGGACGGCGCCUGUGGAUGCCUUCCCACCCAACAGUUAUGGCCUCUACAACAUGGUGGGCAACGCCUGGGAGUGGACAGCAGACUGGUGGUCUGUGCAUCACUUGGCAACCGAGGCCCGGAAUCCGAAAGGACCCCCUUCUGGGAAAGACCGAGUGAAGAAAGGCGGCUCUUACAUGUGCCACAAGUCCUACUGCUAUAGGUAUCGCUGUGCGGCUCGAAGUCAGAACACACCCGACAGCUCCGCCUCGAACCUGGGUUUCCGCUGUGCGGCUGAUUACCUGCCCACCUCAAGCUGAGUCCCUCACAGGAUGCCCAGAGCCCUGCUCCGGCUGUCCUCCCCUCGCUGGACCAGCUGGGAGGAGGUCCUCACCUACCCGCGCCAGAGAAAUGGCUGUUGUGGCCCCUAUGGCUGUCCUGGGUCAACAUAUGUGUCCGUAAGGUGUUCUCUUGGGAGAUCAUGGCCAAGAUUGCUUCUGAGUCUUUUAUGGGGAGUUAGGGGGGUGGGGUGUGUGUGCCAGGCUUUAGGUUCUGUCACUGGGGUCACACCUGGGCCCCACAUGACCUCGUGGGUCUCUGUGACCUUACGUAUGGCAGUGGGCAGGGACCAUGGACUAUCCCCUCGGCAUAGGCUUUCUCCAGCCCAGCUCCAGGUUUAAGAAAAGAGCAGAUUCUAUUGUGAUUUUAUAGUGAGGAUUUAUGAGAGAUUAUUUUUUAGCUAUUUUUCCCAUGUGUGAUACAAAUCAUGUCCAAGUCGUAGGUCUUCUUUUCAGGAAGUGACAAGCCUUUAUAUUCAUACUGCACUUUGUUUUCCCAAGGAGAUGAGUGUCUCGGCAUCGUCAUGGCAAGCCCCGUGCAGGCAGGGGUCCAGGGCUGAGCCCCGUGACCCUUGGCAUGGGGCCCUUGGGGGUGGGAGUUCUGCUUUAGCUUUUAGCAUUAAGUGCCUUUGGUUCCGAGGGGCUGGUCUUAGCUCUCCUUCGCCCCUUUCCCAAAGUCUUCCAUGGAAGGAAAUGUGUAUGAAAUGGCUUUAAUCCUUGAUGGGCAGAGGGAUGAGGAACGGGACAGAGUCUGCGGGGGGAGAGGGGCUGUGAAUCAUGCACAACGGCCAAUAAAUAUGAUCUCGCCGCA